GGCCUGGAAGAUAUUGUUUUCAAGUCGCCCAAAAGAAGAAAAGGGCUUUGUAUUUGAAACACGACAAGAAAGAACGACAUUUUUAUGCCUUUAUUUUAAUUCAUAUUGACUUUAGAACCUUAUUUUAUAAAAUACAUGUAUUUAUAGAAUGCAGAAAUAUGAGAAACUGGAAAAGAUUGGCGAAGGAACCUAUGGAACAGUAUUUAAAGCAAAGAAUAAAGAGAGCCAUGAGAUUGUAGCGCUUAAACGUGUGAGACUUGAUGAUGAUGAUGAAGGUGUUCCAAGCUCAGCCYUGAGAGAAAUAUCUCUUCUAAAGGAAUUAAAACACAACAAUAUCGUAAGACUCCAUGAUGUCUUGCACAGUGARAAGAAGUUAACUCUGGUUUUUGAAUUCUGUGACCAGGACCUUAAAAAGUACUUUGAUAGCUGUCAAGGAGAAGUUGAUGCCCAUGUUGUUAAGUCAUUUAUGUUCCAACUUCUCAGAGGACUUGCUUUUUGCCAUAGCCAUAAUGUUUUACACAGAGAUCUCAARCCUCAAAACUUGCUCAUCAACAAGGAUGGUGAGCUGAAAUUAGCUGACUUUGGCCUUGCAAGGGCUUUUGGUAUUCCUGUGAGAUGCUAUUCAGCAGAGGUGGUAACCCUGUGGUACCGCCCACCAGAUGUGUUGAUGGGAGCUAAACUUUACUCAACCUCAAUUGAUAUGUGGUCAGCUGGUUGCAUAUUUGCUGAAAUGGCAAAUGGAGGAAGACCAUUGUUUCCAGGAAAUGACAUUGAAGAUGAAUUACGGAGAAUAUUUAAAAUUCUUGGCACACCCACCAAUGAAUCUUGGCCUAAUGUAACUAAACUACCUGACUAUAAAGAAUUUGCGCCUCAAGGCACAUCUGUAUCUCUAGAACUUGUUGUACCAAAACUUGGUGUUACAGGGAGAGACUUAUUACAGAAAUUAUUAGUACUCAACCCAGCACACAGAAUAUCGGCAGAAGACGCCAUGAAACAUCUAUACUUCGCUGAUCUUAGUCCAACAUUCAGAGGCUAACAAGGAAUGUACAUGUCAGUCAUCUUACCAGACUAAGACCAGACCAAACAGUACGCCUUACCAUCUUGGAAUGGGUCGAUUCUGGACUUUGUCAAUCGUGAAUCGCGGUCAUGCAAGUGGCUGGAUCACCCCUSAGUCAUUGCAGAUAUAUAGGAUAGAUUUAAGAGCAUUUAUUUUAAAUAAUCUGCUUUUCCUGGGCGUAGGUUAAAAUUAGACUGCGGUAGAUGAACACGAAGAUAAGUUGGAAUUUACGUUAUCAUUCCUGCCACACUUGUAUGUUACGUUAUGCUCUGCAAGUGGAAGUCCUAACUACGCCCCGCGGUUUUCAUUAAGAUAUUCGUUGGAAACUGAACUGAAAUGGAAUUCUUGAGAAGAGCCGGUUGACAUCAAAGUAAGCCCUGAUUUCUUUUUAAUUUGAAAAUCGCUUUGUUUCUAAAAAUGAAGGAACAUUAAGAUAACCCCGCUGUCCCACGGUUUCCUCCCCUUCUUGAGUUAUCGCAACAGGUACUCGGAAAUACGUCGCCAUUCAUUCAACUUCGCCAAAAUUCAAAACUCAUUAAUUCUGCGUUACUUACCUCCAUGGGCUUGAUAAUGAAGCAUCCUAGCGAAGUUAGACAACCCAGACAAACUAUCUAAACCUCUUACUUAUAUUUCAUAUGUCCGGGGAUCGUCGUUGAAAGCUGAAUACCCAUCCUUCCGUCCUGUAAUACGCAUGCCCAGUUCGAACCAUCUGACUAUGUACAUAUUAUAUACAUAAAUAUACUAACGUGACUAAAUCCCAGAGAAAUUAAACGUUCUUUUAUAGGACUGUUAAUUUAAUUCACCACUAAAAUCACGAAUGCAAAAAAAAAAAAAAAACUUUGUCUUUGAGAAUCAAAGAAGUGAGCACUGAGUGGAAACUAUACUUAACAUUAACCCUAUUACCGUGGUGGAAACCAGAUAAAUCAUUUUAAAUUCGUAGUGGUUAGGUUAGGGGAAAGAAUUCAAAAAAAUUGGUACGAAAAUAUUUUUUU